CGCUUUAUCUUUGUUAUGCAGGCUCAACCAUGAGCGGAAAGGCAGUGGCCAAAGUCAGGUGUAAAACCUAUCAGUGGCCAGACGGACCUAGUCUUCGGCCGUUUAUUCCUUGUAAGGAACGGGUGUAUCCUUAGGUCGUUGCGAUCGGAACAUCGUCCAGCGACGCUCGGAGCUAUGUGUGUUUAGCCCUAUCGUCGCCUUUCGCUGCACUCGCCCCGAGCAGCGCCACUGGUUCAGCACUUUCUGCCCAGCAUUCGGCUGGCGCGUGCCUGAAAUAAUGGCCCGGAGCAAGCGUCCGAGCGAAACGUCGCCCCUUCUGCCCAAGUCUCCUAGCAUUCAGCACGAAUCGCCUUCAGGCAGCCAUGGAUCACCAAAUGCUGUGCAGCUCAAGAAGAAGCUCGGUCUUGCCAAUGGCGUAUCGAUGAUCGUUGGCACGAUUGUCGGGGCCGGCAUUUUCGUGUCGCCUGCUGGCGUUGUCCGUUAUGCCGGAUCCGUGGGCAUGUCUUUGAUCGUGUGGGUACUUUCGGGCGCUGCCUGUUUCAUUGGGGCACUAUGUUACACUGAACUGGGCACCAUGAUUCCAAAGUCAGGAGGAGACUACGCUUACAUCGCGGCUGCAUUUGGGCCUUUCGCCGCGUUUCUUCAACUCUGGACGAAUCUCGUAAUAGUUCAGCCGGCUAGCAAUGCUGUCGUGGCGCUCACGUUUGCGAACUACCUGCUACGACCGUUCUACAAUGACGUGGAAUGCAUCCCGCCUCCCUUGGCUCUCAGGCUCUUAGCGGCCAUUGUCUUAUGUUUACUUACCUUUAUCAACUGCUACAAUGUCAAGUGGGCAACAUUUGUUCAAGACUCCCUCAUGUUUGCUAAGGUCAUCGCUUUGGUCAUCAUCAUUAUCGCAGGCUUUGUGCACCUUGGUCAAGGUAACGUAGGAAACCUCCGGAACAUGUUUGAAGGGACAACUACGGAUCCUGGGCUCAUUUGCUUGUCAUUUUAUUCUGGUCUUUUUUCCUACGCAGGAUGGAACUACUUGAACUUUGUAACUGAGGAAUUGAAGAACCCUUUUAGGAACUUGCCAUUUGCUAUCUACAUUUCAUUACCCAUGGUGACAAUCAUAUACCUCCUUGCCAAUGUGUCCUACUUUGUUGUCCUCACUGCUGACGAAGUUCAGUCAGCAAAUGCUGUGGCUGUGACAUUUGGGGAGAAAGUUCUUGGUGUGAUGUCAUGGAUUAUGCCAGUCUCUGUGGCACUUUCUACAUUUGGAGGCCUCAAUGGUGGAAUAUUUGCAUCCUCUCGGUUAUUUUUUGUAGGUGCAAGACAGGGACACCUGCCUACUUGCCUUGCAAUGAUCAAUGUGUCCCACUUUACACCAGCUCCAAGCCUAGUCUUCUUGUGCCUUCUGAGCCUGCUGUACCUGACAAACACUGAUGUGUUUGUUCUAAUAACAUACACUGCCUUUAGUGAGGCCAUGUUUAUAAUGCUGUCUGUGGGUGGGCUCCUUUGGCUUCGGAUAAAACAGCCCAAUACAAAACGACCAAUUAAGGUGAACAUCAUACUGCCCGUGUUGUUCUUCCUCAUAUCGCUGUUCCUUGUGGUGCUGCCAUUCUUCAGCCAGCCCCUGGAAACAUCCAUUGGUGCUGGCAUCAUGCUCUCUGGAAUCCCUGUUUACUUCCUCACAAUCUACUGGAAGGAUAAACCCCUCGCUUACAGGAGAACAAUUCGUGUGGUGACAGAGUAUGUGCAAAAGAUAUUGUACAGCGUUCCGCAAGAAGACAAGGUGGGAUCGGAUUAGCAGCGUGCAUCAAGGACAAUUUCCAAGAAACGACGCUUUGGCCCGUCUCAGCACGGUCUUUAUGUGUAUAUAUAUAUAUAUAUAUAUAUAUAUAUAUAUAUAUAUAUAUAUAUAUAUAUAUAUACGGAAAUUCUGUGCUUCUGAGGCGCAUCAGUUCGUGUGCUAGCCUCGUUUAUAGAAAAGAAAGCGCAUCUGUAAGAGUUCUUGCAAUAGAUUUGCGUGCGAAUAUGUAUUCCCUGAUGUUAAAAUGCAUUUUAAAAGAGCAGAAUAAGAACAUGGGUUUACGUAAACAUUUAUUUUUGUAUCUGCGUGACUUAAGUAAAUUUGUUUCAGAAUCUAUUCUUUUCUUUAUGAUAAUAUAUCCUGCAAUUCAUGCCUUAUGUUGUAUUUGAAGGCUUUGUGCUUAUGCAAAGCACAUGAUGUUUCUUGUUGACAAUUUCGAAGGAUGCUGCUCUGUAUAUUGCUCUAAUGUGGUGGUACACUGUAAAGAACAGCUUAUGCGUCAUAUCUUUGCGGUACUUAAGUUUUUCUGCUCGAAACGAAUACCGAGUUGUCUAAAAAAUGCAUUUCUGUUGUUCAAACAAAGAGGUAAUGUGUUGGGAUUGUACGGUGCUCUUGUAUAUGUGCUUAUAGGUCAUUGCAUAAGAAGGGAACAGAUGACAGAAAAAUUACGUACAGGAUUCCACCACAGCCACUCCCCCCCCCCCCUCAUUUUUUUGGCGCAUUAUGUUAUUUUUCUCGCUAACAGGUGCAAAUCACGUGCAUUGCUCGUGAAAGCAACAAAAUUUGUAUUUCUCGCGCUUAGUUUCUGUAAGUAUGGGAUGAGGUUGCGUCUGACAUUUUCUGACCACAAAUGCAGUUUAGCUUACUGCAAUUAUCUUGUAUUUAGUCACGUCUGCUAUUACUCAUUUUAACUCGACAACUGGGGAGAUCUAGCGUUGUAAAAAUCGGAUCUUUUCAUGCUGGCUUGUGUUAUGAGCGUUAAGCAUUUUUUAUGUUUCUGUUAUCAUAUUCAAGUACAUUUUUCUCUUCGUGAAGAUACAUCGCAAAUCAAGUAGAAUACUGUAUAUUUUUGUUACCAUAUAUACAACGAAAUUGUAUCCGUGCAGUUAGCAUGAUUGCUCAGAUUUAACCGUAGUUAAGUGACAGCAUAGUGCAGUUUUGACUGAGUUAAAUGUUAUUUGGUUUCUUUUAGUUGUUCUUCUGUCGCCAAUAUUAUGGAAGUGUUCUAACAUAAAUGAAAAAAAAAAGGUAUCGCGAUUCUAUGUGCGAGUGUUCAAAUAUUAACCCUUCAAGGAGCACUGCGAUGUCUUUUGUUUUGUAUAGCACAUUCUUUCGUUACUUCCGUCUCUAUUAUGAGUACUUGCUGUAUUUGCACUGACUUGAGGGACAAGAGUCGUAUUCCUGUUUCUGCUGCGCUCUGUAAAGAAGCGAGAGCAGUGCGAAUGAUUGAGAGCAUGAUAUUUUUAUUCGUUCUGUACGUGCUGACGAGCACAACCAAGCACUCGCGAAAACAAACGCAUUUGUGAACUGUUCAAACCACGGCGCAGUGCUCAGUACUGACAGCCCGUUUGUUGCGAGUGCGGAUGACGUGUGUACAUAUAUGUUGUGAUGAAGUGCUCGUAGCAAGUGUGGGUUGGCGCUCUUCUGCUAUUUCCUUUUUGUAGAUAAAGCCACUGUUGCUUGUAUUUUAGUGUUUGUAUUCGAAAUGCAAGAAGUAGACUUUCUCCAAAAUGCCGUUGACAAAAUUUUAUAAAGUCCAUGAUCUGCACGGACUAGGACGUUACUGCCUGGAUUUUGUGAACACGAGUGGCUGUCAAUUCGAGCAUUCAGUUUUGGUCGGUGAACUUUCAUUGAGUCAAAUUCAAGCACUUGUGUUUCUGAACAAGGGUGCGAAGUAGUGUUGUUUUUGUUAACCAUAAUUAACCUGCUAUACAUUAUGACUACGCUUUCAAUUCAGCAUAGAGUUAAGCAGGAAAGGUCACUGCUAAAACGUCCUGCUAAAUGCCAGCGUGGACUUGUGAUGACUCACUUGGUAGGGAUUGUGAUAUCCUCGAAUAGGUUUGGGCUGGCACAACUCUUUACAUAAAUAGUGUUUAUAUAUUUGCACGUUACUACUAUGCUUUAUUUUUGUUAGUUCUCAAUUAUUUGACCACAUAAAAGCUUGCCAAACGUUUUCCGGCUGUGCUGGAAAUUUGGAGACAAUUAUUUUGUGUGGUGCCAAAUAUUGGCUUUCAGUGUUUCUUAAAGACAAGCAGAACCCAAAGGGACCAUAUGAAUGUGAAUUUAUCUUGUUUAUUAUUAUUUUUUUUUGCCCUACACUACGUUGCCAAAGCGAAAUGGACUGUUUGUUGGGGAAAGUUGUGUUGUUGUUGCCUUUUUCUUCUCACAUGUGGUUGCCCUCCUUGGCGAGGUAGGUGGUGAAUAUUUAGGCAGAGCAUGCUAGAAAUGUCACGUUGAUUUUGCAGCUUUGUUCACCUGCUUGCCGUUGCGCAUACGUGCCGACAGUUCGGAGGGAGCCCCUGACCCUCAGGUCGCCCUUGCCGCUCGCGAUUUUCCUGACGCGGAAUUUGAUUGCCGCUAGCUAUUGCGCAAGGCCGAGUCGUACUUAGCGCUGGUAUGCUGCAUUCGCUCGAAAUAGCUUUGAGCAGCAGCUGUACGUACAUCUGAAAGACGCACACAGUCGGAAGUGGACAACGCCUGGAAGUAACUUUUGCCGGACGGACCGCCAUUUGCCUUGCUGAAGCCUCCAGGAGUGUCGCCAAGUGCCUGAGUUGUUUGCCCUGUGUGUGUAUGUGUGUGUUCUCUUUUUUUUCUUUGCGCUUGCGCUAGAGUCUGAACGUUUUUGAAAUUUUUCAUCGCUGCUUGUGGAUUUGUGCUCGUGCGAACGCUCUCACGCUUGUUCUUUCCCCUCCCAUGUCCCUGUGUUCUUAUAUUUGGCAGCGAUAUGUGUGCCUUCGGUUUUAGCAUUUGCUUUCGUCGCUCAUGAUUCACAAAUGUUUCUGACACUAGAGAGCACGCUAUUUUUGAUAGCACACCUUAGUGCUGUCGUUGUUCACGACGCUGUUCAAGCUUUCUUCGUGUGAAAGUGUCUUGCAUGACCGACUGGCUACCCUCAUUGUGUGCUGCCAGGUACUGGACAGUAUGCUUAUGUACUGUCAACAAAUGUUGAAGCUGAACUGUUUGAGCAGUUUGCAUCGGCUCUAAACACAUUGCUGCCAAAGGUGCCUUAUUGAGAGGAGAAUGAGAAGUGUGUGAUGGGAGAUUUCGUUUGCAAACGCGAGUCAUUCUAGGUAUGCCGGGAAAUAAAUUUUUUUCAACCUAAAAA